ACAAACAUGGUUGGAUAUUGUGAAAUUAUUUGACCAAAGUGAAUAUAACCUAGUUUUAGGGUGUAGCAAAGGCAAAUUUCUCUUAAUUUAAAUACAAAAGCAUUUACGGUCGCCACUGAAACGUUGAUGGUAUAACCAGUGCCUUUGCAAAAGGAUAGUUUUCAACCAUUCUUUCUACAAAUUUCAAUCAUGGGAUGUGCAGCGUCUUCAAACUCGGGAGGUACAGUUAUUAAUUCCAAUCCUGCAGCCUCCGCACCCCCUUACUAUGGACCUAAAGUUGAGUACAGAUUUGUGAACACAGAAGUGUCGAUGACCGGAAAGAUGUUUGCUCUUAAACAAGGAGAUCAGUUGACAUCUUCGGAUAUGGAUUCCUUCUACCCAUUGCUUUCAGCACCAAUGGCAGAGGGCUUCCACAUGGUGUGUUACAGAAACGUACCAGGCCAAGUCCAGACUCAAAUGAUGUCUACUACAGUCAAAUUACCGUACCAGGCUAUUUAUAUGAAGAAGGAAAGCGAGCCAGAGAACACAUAUACACUGCUUAUAGAGAGAUCCAGUAUUCAACCAACACAGAUAAGGCAUGGUUUGAUACCUUUAUUUGGCAAUACCUCAACCGAGGUGAACACUGAAACUAACCAUCUCCUAUCAUCAAUUAUGACACACAGUCAAAAUGGUGGUCGGUUUGUCACUCUGUGUGCUAGUGGAAACUCUGUGUCUUCUGGAUAUAUGAAUCAAAUGUCUGGAAAAUCUCCUGUUUCUGGAGUUGAUUUAUUUUUUGAGAUACCAAAUAUGUCGAGAGGAAAAUUUGUAUACCAAACUAUACCAGUACCUGUACAAAUCUCUAUGAAAAUACAAGGUUUAGGCAACCCUCAAACUAUUGUCAACUGUGACUGGCUUGGAAAUUUCCAUGGUCCCCUUUCUCAAGGCUGGAAAAUGGUGAACAUCUUUUUUGAUAUGUCAUCUAGUAUGAACAUGCAGCAAGGGUUAAUGAGUAUGCAAGCAGGCAUCAACUUGAAUACUAUUUGGUUCUUUGAAAAACCGGAAGAUCAAAUGAAUGACAAUACUCAAAAAUACGAAGGUACAAUGGUAGAAUUUAUUUAUGACGUAGGUCGAUCAGGCUUGUUUAACAUCAAAUCUAACUUGGCCUGGGAGGGUAAGAUAACUGAAAUGGGUCAACAAGGCUGGGAAUUGGUUUGUAUUAUAGACUAUCCAGGACUUGUUGGAGGUGGUGGUGCCUUCAGUAAACCAACCUUGAAACUGUUAAUGUUUUUUCAAAGAGAACUUCAACAUUAACAGCUUAAUAUCCAGGCCCUGUUUCUCGAAAAAAUCGUACAAUCAAUUUUUGUCGUAAGAGUGGUAUCUCUUAAUGUAAUGGCAAUUUUUCAUCCUUAGACUUUUUGAGAUAAAACGGGUCGGUUCUCUCAACCUAGCUGCUGUUGACAUGUUAUUUCUGAAUAUUGAUUUUGCAAUACUAUUUCACCAAAGCUGUAUUCGUUAUUAUGUUAUAUUUUAUUUUUAUUAAAAUUUAUUGUUAUCAU